GGGAGAUCGUAUUUUUCAGGUUGCUCCUUGGAUUAUGAUGAAAACAGAGCCCAAGCUCCCAACAGUGGAGCGAAUUGUUUCAACCCUCCCAGCUCCACCGACCAAGCUUAUGCCCUCCUCUACAGUAUUCGACUCCAAAGGACGACCUCAGCUUGAUGUUCUCCGACCACACCUGAUUGCCGAGGGCCGAUUGACGGAAGAGGCAAUCCUUCGCAUCAUCAACGAGACGUCAGCUAUUCUCCGUUCAGAAAAAACAAUGAUUGACCUUGAAGCGCCUAUCACGGUGUGUGGUGAUAUUCAUGGACAGUUCUAUGAUUUGAUGAAGCUUUUUGAAGUUGGCGGCCCGCCAGAAUCUACACGUUAUUUAUUCCUCGGUGAUUAUGUGGAUCGGGGCUACUUUAGCUUGGAGUGCGUCAUCUAUCUAUUUUGCUUGAAAAUGCUGCACCCGACCAGUUUGUUCCUUCUUCGAGGGAAUCACGAAUGCCGGCACUUGACACAGUACUUUACAUUUCGACAAGAAUGUGUAAUGAAAAGCACUGAACGAGUUUACGAAGCUUGUAUGGAGGCCUUCGACUGUUUGCCCCUGGCAGCACUGAUCAAUCAACAAUUCCUAUGUGUUCACGGUGGCCUUUCACCCGAACUGCACACCCUAAACGAUAUCCGCAAGCUGGAUCGGUUCAAGGAGCCCCCGGCCUACGGGGCUAUGUGUGACCUACUUUGGUCCGACCCGUGUGAAGAAUUUGGUCAAGAACGGUCUUCAGAACAUUUUACCCACAACACUGUCCGCGGAUGCUCCUAUUUCUACAGCUUCAGCGCCUGUUGUCAUUUCUUGCAAACUAAUAACCUUCUGUCGAUUAUUCGUGCUCACGAAGCUCAGGAUGCAGGCUACCGGAUGUAUAGGAAAAGUCGCCAGACCGGUUUCCCAGCCUUGAUAACCAUUUUCUCCGCCCCGAACUACCUCGAUGUGUACAAUAAUAAAGCCGCUAUUUUGAAAUAUGAAAACAACGUGAUGAAUAUUCGACAAUUUAAUUGCUCCCCUCAUCCAUACUGGUUACCCAAUUUUAUGGAUGUGUUUACCUGGUCUUUACCGUUCGUCGGUGAAAAAGUCACAGAGAUGCUGGUCAAUGUGCUCAAUAUCUGUUCGGACGAUGAACUGCUGUCGGAUACUCCUGAGGAUGAAUCUCAAAUUACUGCUCGCAAAGACGUGAUACGAAAUAAAAUACGAGCAAUUGGAAAGAUGGCUCGUGUAUUCACUGUAUUGCGAGAGGAAAGCGAGACCAUUUUGGAGCUCAAGGGGCUAACUCCCACGGGUAUGCUUCCCCUGGGGGCACUCGCCGGUGGUCGAGAAACAAUCAAAACCGUGAGCGACAAUUGGACUCCGCACAAAAUUCAGUGUUUCGCUGAGGCCAAAGCGAUCGACAAAGUUAACGAGCGGAUGCCACCACAUCGUGAUUCCAACUCCAAUCCGUGUUGGUCUUACACAGUGACACUUCCUAACGAAACAGAGCUCUCGAAAACUUCUGACUCCCAUCUGAGUAGUACUGAGUAUACCACGGAAGACGAUAAUGGAGCCCUGUCGUUGACUCAGCGAACCAUGCCCAGGCCCCCAUCCAUUUGUGAGGAACGCUCUUCAGAUGAUGAGGCGGAUGCAAUGCCUUCUUUGGUUACGACCUUCGGGGACCGUGGGAGACCGGCAAGUUCAGACUCGAUGGACCUUCCAGGUGGUGACAGUGUAUCGGCGGGACUCGUUAGUGUGCGUGCGUCGGGCAGUAAAACUCCAAACUCAACCAUUCCGUCUCCAGUCGCCGGCUCAAGCUCUUCGUCCUCCACCGCUGCAACUAAAUGAAGAAUGUGAAUGGCUUAUGAUCGACUUUCUUCCUUGCCUUGUGCAAUAGCCGCCAGAGACACAGAAACCGUUAUACUUCCUUGAUUGCUUCAACAGCUUUUGUAUUUUUUUUCUUGCUCAAAACCGUGUGUUCUCUGUCGAACACAGAUUUAUUUCAUGUGCUACGUGCGACCGCCCUGAACUUGCAAGUCCCUAAUCCUAGCCCCAUAGUGGUGACCAGUCCAUUCUCGAUUUAGGUUCCCUGUAACACUAGAUUGUCAGUCAUGAGGAAUUUUUGACCUUUAUGUCUAUUAUUCCUUAGUGUUGUCACACAGUAAGAUGCCUCACCAACAACUUAUUCCUUAGGGACACCGCUACGCUGUCCAAUCAACACCACUGGGCUGUUGGUUUUCGGUUCACUGUCCAUUUCCUCACUUUUAUUUCAACUGGAUGUCGAGUGCGGUUUUCCCCCCGCUGCAUUACUGCACUCUUUUCGUGUCCAUGUUUCUCCAUCUGCUUGUGAACGUGGUUGUUUCUCUGACUCACCAUCUGUUCCCUACCAUCCACUCAAGGGCCGUCUCAUCUAACACAUGCCAACAACUAUAGUACAAUAUACCCAUCACACCUUUUCGGGUUUAAACGCUCUUUUUAACUCAGAAACUUUUUCUGCUCACUUCACGCUUUCACUCAACAAAUCCUCAGUAUCUGUGAUUUCACCUAUGGCCAACACGAUCUCCCAGAAAACAUACCUCUCUGUCACCCGUUCCGACAGCGCCGCUGGUCAAAUACUCUGUACUGCUCACAUGUAUGAGGGAAUAAACCUGUCGAAUUGUUCUAACCCAUAUAGUUUCCUCGUCUGACAGAACCUAUUUGUCCUUCUCAACCCCACCCCCUUUUGUAUUCGUUUUUUCUGCUACUUGGUUCGUUCUACCCCUUACCCGUUGUUUACGGCUACGUUGCUGCUCUAAAGUUGUACAGGCUGUUAGUCGUUGCGGUAUAGUCCUUUAUUUUUUCCGCGUCCUCCAUAUUCCUAAGGCAAGUGACGAUGACACAUUUUUGCUCAUAGGUUGUCUACAUUCGGACCACAAUGAGGACUAAACGUGUAUUUCUCUGUAAUUCAUUUGUUGUGUUGUCCCAAUCAUAGAGCAAUCGGAUUGCAUUACUAUGCUCCCUACCCAUCCUGUUUGAACAUCAGGGUUCCCUUAAUCUCUGACCAGUGAUCCAAUUCAUAUCAUUGGAUGCAGCCAAGUUUCGUGAUACCCGCAGUAUUCUGGCCAUGUGGCCUACUUUACCAGUAAGCGAACAAAUGUGGUUACUCACGGUUCUUUCUUUUCAGUAUCUCCUCAGUUACCGUUUUCCGCACCACAUCGUAUCUUGACUCCAUACGGAUCGUUACGAUCACUGCAGUUGUUCCCAAGGGCGUUUAGCGGUGCUCUAUGUCCCCGCUUUGUUGCUAACUCACUCCUAUGUGCCGUGCGUUUAUGCCUCUUCCUACUGCUCGCAAUCUGAUUACGUAACCCAGUCUCAUAUAAACCGUUU